AUGGCUUCUCUAAAGCUUUCACCUUCUUCACCAAUCUCCAUCACUAAGAGCAGUAGAUUUGUUGGUGUUCCUUAUUUCAAGAAAGGAGUUUCAUUUCUUGUUCGGUCUGAACAAUCUCCGUCUUCCUCUUCUGAUCUUCAAGAAAAAUGUCAGAGGCGUGUGGUUGUAACAUUCGGUGUUGUUGCUCCAUGGAUCUCAUUGCUUAGUAGAGCUCCAUUAUCAUUUGCUGCAGAAAGAAAAGAGGGAUUCCUCGUUGUAUCCGAUAAUAAGGAUGCGUAUUCGUUUCAAUAUCCGUUUGGUUGGCAGGAAGUUGUGAUUGAAGGUCAAGACAAGGUGUAUAAAGACGUGAUUGAGCCGUUAGAAAGCGUCAGUGUAAACUUGAUCCCGACUAGUAAACAAACUAUCAAAGAAUUUGGUCCUCCUAAGCAGAUCGCUGAAACAUUGAUAAAGAAAGUUUUGGCUCCUCCGAAUCAGAAAACAAACCUUAUUGAUGCAUCAGAGCACGAAGUCGAUGGGAAGACUUAUUAUCAGUUUGAGUUCACUGCUCAGGCUAGAAAUUAUACCCGCCAUGCUUUAGGUGUAAUCACGGUUUUCAAUGGAAAAUUCUAUACAUUGACGACGGGAGCUAAUGAAAGGAGGUGGGGAAAGAUGAAGGAUAGGCUUCACACCGUGGUAGAUUCCUUCAAGAUCACUGUUUGA